AUAGGUGUGCAGCUGGUGGUUACCAUGGUGAUGGCUAGUGUCAUACAGAAGAUCAUACCUCACUAUUCUCUUGCUCGUUGGCUUCUCUGUAGUGGCAGUUUGCGGUGGUACCAGCAUCCAACUGAAGAACAGCUACGGAUUCUUGCAGGGAAACAAAGGGGGAAGAGCAAAAAAGAUAGAAAAUAUAAUGGUCAUAUUGAAAAUAAACCCCUAACCAUUCCAAAAGACAUCGAUCUUCAUCUGGAAACAAAAUCUGUGACUGAAAGGGACACUAUUGCAUUACAUUAUUUUCCAGAAUAUCAGUGGUUGGUGGAUUUUACUGUUGCAGCUACAGUGGUGUAUGUGGUGACAGAAGCCUAUUACUCCUACGUGAAGCCCUCACAGGAGAUGAAUAUCAGUGUAGUCUGGUGCCUGCUUGUCUUGGCUUUUGCAAUUAAGGUACUGUUUUCGUUGACUACCCAUUAUUUCAAAGUAGAGGAUGGAGGUGAAAGAUCAGUCUGUGUCACCUUUGGUUUUUUCUUCUUUGUGAAAGCAAUGGCAAUUCUCAUUGUGACAGAAAACUAUCUCGAGUUUGGACUGGAAUCAGGAUUCUCAAAUUUCUCAGAAAGUGCUAUGCAGUUUCUUGAAAAACAAGGUUUGGAAUCCCAGGGUCCUGUGUCUAAACUAACCUUCAAAUUGUUCCUGGCUGUUCUGUGUUCACUUAUUGGUGCUUUUUUGACAUUCCCUGGCUUGCGACUGGCUCAAAUGCAUCUGGAUGCUCUGAAUUUAGCAACAGAAAAAAUAACACAGUAA